ACAAACUAAUGUCGCGUUCCAAAAUGUCGAGCCAAGAAAGGUUACAGAAUGCGAACCCGCAACUUUACGGGCGCACAUCUGAGCGCGAAGUGACGCCAGAGGAGCUGGAUGACGAUGUGGAGGAUAAGAUUGAUGCAAGGGAAAUUUUCGAUCUUGUCAGGUCUAUCAAUGACCCUGAACAUCCUCUGACCUUGGAGGAGUUGAAUGUUAUUGAACAGUCCAGAAUCACGGUUGAUGAGGACAACAACAACGUGUCAGUGGAGUUCACCCCCACAAUCCCACACUGCAGCAUGGCCACACUCAUUGGGCUGUCAAUCAGAGUUAAGCUGCUCAGGGCUCUACCAACCAGGUUCAAGGUUGAUGUACACAUAACACCAGGCACCCACCAGUCAGAGCUUGCAGUAAACAAACAGCUUGCAGACAAAGAGAGGGUUGCAGCAGCUCUGGAGAACCAACAUCUGCUGGAGGUGGUGAACCAGUGUCUCAGUACCAGGAACUGAACUACUCACAGCUGUUUUUGCCUUGAAGCUGCUGUUUAUCAACAGACUACUAUGGCAGGGCUUGUCAAGGAGGAUAGAAUGGCAGGCUUUUGAGACUGCAGUAUUAUCAAUAUCUUAAGUCAUGAUAUCUGUGUCACUGCUAAAGGAUCCUAAAUGUGAAAUAUGAAUACAUGUAUGUAGUUACAAUUGUGAACCAACAAGAUCGGUGUACAUCUAAAAAUUGUGCCAGAGAAGUUAGAGCUGUAUAAAGCAGCAUUGAGGAAAAUCCAUGUAUUAUAUGUACAGUUGUCGGUGUUUAAAUGCACUUUUAGUGAGGAAAUCUGUCUGAUAUCAACAUUUACUGUCAUUACUGCACAUUUUCCUCAUCAUUUCAUGCAUGAAGUGUUUAUUCUGAUUGUAUCAAGUUGAUUAAUUUUGUUGGCAUGGUACACCUUUGCUCACUCUGCCAAAGGUGUUAGAAAUCCAUGUCCAAUGGACUCUUGUUUUUGUUUGCCAUUUAUCACAGAUAUUUGCUCAUUUUGCAGCUCCUUUGUAAGAGUUUGCUGUCAGCUACAUGUAUUUGCAAUAUGGUUGCAGUACUGCAGUUGGCCAUAUGGUGUCUCUUUUGAACCGUGUGGAAUGUGUGCAAGUUUGCCAUGAUCAUAAUGGUUAAGCUGCAAUUAGUUAGGUGAGACGGGCUGACUAACCCAAUUGAUUGAUGGUUACUUGAUUGAAACAAUGAUCAUUGCAAUAUCCAACCUGAACCGGAAAAUAAAAGGGAGACACUGCAACUUUUUAUUGUACCCAUUGGUUAGUUACUUUAUUGACCUCAGAGUGUCAUGUUCACAGGUAUAAAGCUGGUGGGCAUACAUGCCUCUUCUGUAACCUCCAAUAGCAGUUCAAAUAUCACAGUUUUCUUUAAGUUAAUUUUCUGUUUGGUACACAGACACGGUUAUGACCAUUCUGUACGCAUGUUUACUUCAAGUUCAGAAACACUCUAUACAAUAUCCUUCCAAUACACAUCUCCCAAUACACAAUGAACUGUCUCCAGAGCAUAAGGUAUUAACCAGUCAAUUAACAUGUUUCUGAAUAUGCAUGCCCUUUGUGUGGAAGCGAAAAACAAUGACCAAUGCACUCAGCAAGAUUGGUUUAUGUAUAUUAUAGAAAACAGUGUACAAGGUAUAUGUACAGGGUAAGACAUUACAGGCUAUCCCACUUUCCUAAAGUAAGGAUAGAUAACCAUGAUGUUAAAAUUCACUGUGCUAUUAUCACUAUGUCUUGAUAAGACUUAAAUAUUCAAUAAUACCAGAAGUAGUGAAUAGCCACUUCUAGUGAAACACCAAUGUUAACAUUGCCAUCCAACAUGCCAUUUUGUUUGAUAAGAACAUAAAUAUAUAUAUUAUGGCACUGUACAUUUUUACAGCGGUACCAAUAAAUCAUUCAUUCAAACAAUCCAUCAGAUUACCAACCAACCCUCCUUACAUGUCUGAUAUGACCAAAAAGCCAGUAUCUGCUCUCACAGAUAACACAUUCAAGAAAUUUGAAAAAAA